CCCCCCCUCCCUAUAUGGUAGGUACCUUCUAGAUACCUCCAGAUGGGUAUGAGAUUGGCUUCCAUCAUACAUAGGUACCUACACGUACAUCCCUACCCACAACCUACCUACCUCGAUCAAGCGAGCUUCCAUUUGGUAGAGAAAUACCUACCUCUUACUUAGCCAACCUAAGUCCCGUCUCCAUCCUCUUCCUCCUCAUCCUCCUCCUCUUUUUCCCUCUCUCCCUCUCUAUAUCUUGGGAUCCCAUACCUGUGGGCCAAUUGCGACGUCUAAAAUUCAUAUGGACGGCGUUGCUUGAGAGACUGGGCGGGGCAUUCACGGUUGGACCAAAUACUCACAAUCGAUUCUCUGCUGCCAGCUAUCAUCGCGAUCGGCAAAGGCAAUGUAAGCCUGCUGGUGCCCGUAGCCCAACGCAUGGCCCGCACUAUCUUGGGAACUCUACGUGAGCACGGCUUGUAGGAGGAGUCCGGGUCGAGAUUUGCCUUUGUCUGCCCGUCCUCUCCAGGCCAAGCACACAAGCCCACGAACCCCACCACUUAAGUAUUGCUUGCAUCGGCUAGCCUACCAAAAACAAUAUGAUGUCGGCACAGCUCCAGCAGCCUUCUAAGGCGGGAGGACAGCUCUCUGGACCCCGUUGCGACUCAGAUGACGUGCCCGUACCGACCCCGGUGGUGCCGGACCAAUUGGCUUCCGCCGCCGGCCCUAUGAGGAACCGUGCUGGAGCCAGCCCGAGUCCUUUCGUGAGGGCACAUUCCGACACCUUGGUAACCUGGCAGCCGCUCGACCAUGAUACUGUUAGCCGAGCCAAUAGAGAGAACAAGCUGAUAUUCCUCAGCAUCGGAUUCCUCGCCUCCCACUACUGCCAUCUCACGAGGCAAGAAUCUUUUUCUCACCCUAAAGUCGCUUCCUUAAUAAACGAAAAUUUUGUGCCUAUUCUAAUCGAUCGGGAGGAGAGGCCUGACCUCGACAACAUAUAUAUGAGCUACAACCAGUCCCUGAGCGGCAGUGGGGGCUGGCCGUUAAAUGUCUUCCUCACCCCAGACUUGGAACCAGUCUUCAGCGGAACAUAUUGGGCAGCGCCUGGUGUUCAGGAUAAUGUUGUAGCGGGGAACGAAGGGGGCGAGAAGCCUCUCGACUGGCUAGUUGUGAUUCAGAAAGUCCUCGAUUCAUGGUUGAACGAAGAGUCCCGAGUCCGUGAAGAAGCCAAGAAGAUGGUGGUUGAGUUGGGCCAUAUCUCAGCGGAGGGAACCUUGAACCACGAACCAAAUGGACUUUUGCCGCCGCCUCUGGCGCCUACCCAAGUAGAAACAAGUACUUCACCGCCGAGCUGUUCCCGUGAAGUUCAGGGUGAAGUCGACUUGGACCAGAUCGAGGAAGCCUACGAACGCAUCACGAGGAAUUUCGAUCCUAUGUUCGGUGGUUUCGGUCGCGAGGACAAGUUCUUGACUCCAGCAAAGCUCUCCCUGCUGUUAAGGAUCGUUAAAUUCCCGAAAGUCGUCCAAGAUAUAGUUGGGCCAAAUGAUUGCGCCUACAUUAGUGGUAUGGGCUUACACACUCUUCGGCGCAUUGCAAGCGGCGCGAUCCACGACCAUAUAGGGGGUGGCUUUCACCGGUAUUCUAUCACGAGGGACUGGUCGUUGCCGGCUUUUGAGAAGAUGCUCAUAGACAAUGCUCUACUGCUUGGGCUUUUCCUGGAUGCCUGGCUGACUGCCGGGCCCACCCCUAAUGGCGAAUUUGCCGACGUGGUUACCGAGAUCGCCGACUACAUCAUCAGCGAUAGGUUACUAUCGCCACAGGGCGGCUUUUUCACUAGUGAAGCCGCGGAUUCAUCUCACCGAAAGGGAGAUAAAGUCGCACGGAACGGGGCGUAUUACUUAUGGACUAGAAGGGAGUUCGACGCCGUCGUAGGCGACGAACAAGAGAGUAUGAUUGCUGCCGCAUACUGGAACGUGCAGGAACACGGCAAUGUGGACCGUGAAUACGACCCCCACGACGAAUUUCUCAACCAGAAUGUCCUUCAUAUCGUAAAGAACUCCACCCGAUUGAGCAAGCAUCUUGCGGUCUCCGAAGAUGAGGUCAAACGUUGCAUUAACGCGGCAAGGGAGAAGCUCCGCUCACAUCGACAGAAGGAACGGGUUCAGCCAGACGUUGAUACGAAAAUUGUGGCAUCGUACAACGGCAUGGCAAUCGCGGCUCUGGCGCGAGCGGCGUUAGCUAUCCGCCAUACCCAAGAUACGGUGUCUGAGCGAGUGCAGAAGUACUUGAGGGCAGCCAAAAAUGCGGCUUCGUUUAUUCGAAGGGAGCUUUGGGAUGACAAGAAGAGAAUUCUCUACCGAGUUUAUUCCGACGGCCGCUGCAAUAUUGAAGCCCUAGCCGAGGACUACGCGUAUCUGAUCGAAGGGCUCAUAGAGCUAUAUCAAAGCACAGCUGAGGAGCUAUGGCUAGAAUGGGCCGACGAGUUACAAGCUCUGCAAAUCAAACUUUUCUACGACAACCCUACUCCCCAGCCCACGACGGCCAACGCGAGAUGCGGAGCCUUCUACUCGACUGCGCUGGGAGCACCAUUUACACUGCUCCGAAUCAAAGAUGCUAUGGAUACCUCGCAGCCAUCCGUUAACGCCGUAUCCGUGUCAAAUCUGUUUAGGCUAGGCGGGUUGUUGGGCGACGAGAAGUAUACUUAUCUAGCGAAGGAAAGCUUGAACGCGUUUGGUGUUGAGAUGCUUGAGCACCCUAACCUCUUCCCGGGCCUGUUAUGCGGGGUCGUCCCUUGGAGGUUAGGUGGACGCCAUUGGAUCUCAGUCGGAGACAAUCCCGCACAGCUGGCUGCAUUCUACAGAGCGCCCCGCGCCGCCCUGUUCACGAUUCGCUUCCACGAUCCGCAGAAUACGGAUACUUGGCUGAACAAGCGAGACCCAAGGUCGAUCGGCUUUCCCCAACAACGAAAUGUCUAUGCUCCGCGUUUGGACGGCACGUAUCGGGAGAUAAACAGCUCCGACGUUGCCCAGGUCUAGCUAUCUUCCGUGGAUACUCUCGGUGGCGGGGAAGUAGUUGCUGGCAUCUUGUCACACACACGAAGAUAACGAUGGUGACGGCUUAUUAUCUGCUCAUUCAAAUUCUUAUGUGGGCCGGGGCAGCGGCGGUGUACGUCCUCAUAUAUGUAUGCAUAUUGUAGAUAGGCGUGUGUACGCAGGCAUGCGUGUAUGGGUAGGGUGGGAGUUCUGCAGCUUUCAGCAUCGGUAGGCGAUUUGCAUCCCCCCUCCCCCUCCUAAAAGUCAGGGGUAACAUGAAAUCCGGCGCCUAUGAGUUUGCUAGUUCGUCUUAGUGCCGCUGCUUCUGUCAGAAAGAUUAAUAUCAGUGCGGGAAGAACAUAAUAUAAGACUCUUGUU